AUGAUCCUGGAGUCACACCAUGCCAACCAACAAAUUCUGUGCAGUUUUUGGUUCAUUUUUGUGAAGUGGACUGCAGGGCAAAAACAGCAGUGUGCUCUGAUCUGUUCGCCUCUUCCCCAAAUUGUGCCCUCAGUCAGCAAGUGUGAUCCCGGGUGGCUCGAGCACGACUCCAGCUGCUACAAGAAGGUGGCCGACCCCAACGGUUGGCUGGGGGCCUGGCACCACUGCGUCUGGCUGGGCGGCAACCUGGUCUCUAUCACCUCCUCGGCCGAGGAAGACUUUGUGAAGGAGACCAUGGGCAUGGACACCCGCUUCUGGCUGGGACUCUCCAACCAGAAAUGCGACGACUCCUGGUGUCGCUUUGAAGGCGGGAGCCAGAAGCUGGCCUGGUCUGAUGGCCAGACAACAACACACCGCAACUGGGCCUCAGAUCAACUCGAAAGCGCCGACGUUGCGUCCUGCGCCUACGUCAACCAAGGGGGAAUGGGUCAGCCUGGGAAGUGGCGCUCUGGCUCCUGUCAUUCCUCGUUGGCCUACAUGUGCAAACGGCCGCUGAGCUGCCCAGAGGGACAGACGUGUUCCCCCAAACAUGGUCCUGCUGUCGUGAAGACUGCCUACUGCGACGACAACACCUUCCACUAUAACGAUUAUUGUUACCGUUACGAGAAGACGUAUAAAACUUAUGACGAUGCCGAGAAGUUCUGUCAAGCCUGGGGAGGCCGCCUGGCUAGCGUCCACUCUAAGCGAGAGGCCCAAUUUGUGUAUGAUCACUCGCAGACCUCACAAUCUGCUUUGGUGGGACUCAAGAAGACGGCGGGCGACGACUACGAGUGGAGUGACGGAACAACCUUUGAGUACAAAGAGUGGGAAAACGACACCACGGGGGACUGCGCAUUCCCAAAUUCUGUUGGGGAGUUGAGUGGCUGUCAGUGCUCAACGGCGCGGCCAUUCUUCUGCAAAACAGCCAAGCACGGAGGGACUCGACAGCUGCCAUCAUUAGUCGGCCUAGUCAGUAGGUGUCCCACACUGCCGCUGUCUUAUGCCGCACUGCCGCUGUCUUAUGCCGUCUUACGCCGUCUUACGCCGUUUUACGCCGUCUGGCUCGCAGGCUGGACUGACAAAUGCGGCUGGUGGCUGGACAACCCCACCGACGACUUCUGCUACCUGAUGAUCAGCCAGCCCACCAAGACCUGGCGGAAGGCGCAAGCCGAAUGCAAACGCCUCGAAGGGGACCUGCUCAGCAUCACCAACCCGCAUGAGCAGGGCUUCAUAGAGGGUAUCGCCAAGGUUCUGAUGGGUAAUGACGCCUCCCUGUGGUUGGGCGCCGACGCCUCCAUCGAGGGUGACGGCGGCAAGUGGGCUGACGGAUCCCCCUUCUCUUACCUCCACUCGAGUGCAGGUGACGCCAAAGGGGGUAAAUGUCUUUCCUUGCUCACUGGCAGCAGUGACUGGAAGCGUGACAAGUGCGACAACAUGAAAGGCUACGUCUGCAAGAAAAUAGGAAAAGGUAAGUGA